AUGGGAGAGCGUACAAUGGAAUACUACAUAAGGUUUUGGGUUAACUCAAUACACUCUUUUGUUGGAAACGAAGAUGGAACAGAACCUAAAAUAAUACUUGUCGGAACACACCUUGACAAACUAAAAGGGGAUGACCUCUCUAAAAAGAAACAGGCGGACACAUAUUUUGAUAACAUUAGAGAAUUGUUUAAAGGCAAGCAAACACUCAAACAUAUUUUCCCGCAAGACUUUGCACUGGACACCAAAAAUGAUGCAUAUGAAACUUUUAAUAAGUUUCGUAAAGCACUUCUCUGCGUUGGUCAGUUGUAUACGACAACUCAAGUACAUGUACCAGCAAAAUGGAUCCAGCUUGAAAAAAUGCUGUUUUCUCGUAGAGAGAUGAAAAUCAUUGAGUUUAGAAAAUUAAUGGAAAUUGACUCCAGAAGCGAAUUUCCUUUAAGAGAUCCAGAGCAGGUUAAAGUUUUCUUAAAGCACCAGCAUGAUCAAGGAACGCUGUUCUACUUCGAUGAGGAGCCAAUAUCAGAAUACGUUGUUUUGGAUCCGCAAUUUCUAGUCGAUGCGUUCAAAGGCCUUAUAACAGCUGACAGAUUCCUCAGGAAUCGACCGGAUGUUUACGAUUUAUUUCAAACUCUUAAAGCAGAAGGAAAGUUGGAACCAGAAUUGAUUGAGAAGCUGUGGACGAAUGGUGAAGAUAAACUUAUUAUUGCACAUAAAAGAACAAUACUUUGGUUCCUUCAGAAACACCGCAUCAUAUCAGAGGCAAUGGAAUUCGAUGAAACGAAUUUAACAACAGUUGGUCUUGGUUGGUAUGUCAUACCAAGUCUCCUAAAAGAUCACAGUCAAGUUGGGGAAAUGAUAGCCUUUUUAAGGGACAAGAAACAAACAAAGAUCCAGUUUGUCCUUUCGUUUGACAGUUCUUCUGUUGUACCGACAGUAUACCAUCGACUUACAGCAGCCGUUAUUGGAAGAUGGCCGAUAGCUGAAUUCAGGAAAAGGAAACUUCUUUUCGAGAACCUGUCCGUAGUUAGGUUAGGUUAUGAUCAUGCAGGAAUUAUAGAAAUGAAUGACAGACAUAUACAUCUUUACGUUCUCAACCUGUCUCCGCCACGUAAUGUCAGUCGGGAGAUUCCGGAUAGCUUCAGGCGUUUUACAGAGUCUGUAAUUACAUAUGAGUUCCGAAAAUACAAGGGGAAGAGAAAAGACAUGAACCUGCCGUACACUCGUGGAUAUGUAUGUAAUCACGAGAGCCAUGAAUUAUCUUGUUCAAAGACAGUUUCAUUAUUUACGCAACUCGACACAACAUCAUCCCUCCUGUGUCCAGAUAUUGAAUCACAUUCAAGAAUUGAUACAGUUGAAGCCAAAGACGAAUGGUACUUGGGCAAUAAAAUUCCUGAUAUCAGUUCAAACGUAGUUGUGUCUGAAAAAAUGAUAAGUGAACUUAGUCAAACUAUUGGGCGGAAUUGGGAAUUACUAGGGCCUGAUUUAGGACUCAAACAAGUGAAGAUUGAUCACAUCAUUGAAGAAAACCCAGAGAGCACCGGUAUGAAAAUAUACAAAAUGCUUCAGCUGUGGCGUAACAAAAAACGCAACUUUGCCACAUUGGACGCGUUAAUAAAAAUACUGAAGAAGCGAUCAGAUGUUCGUGUUGACUGGGAUGGGAUAAUGAAUAUUGUAGAUAGAUUAAAUUAA